AUGGUGAGCCAUGGCAGUCUUGGAGCUCUUCAAAACCUGGGGCUGCAAGUAGUGCAGUCGAAUCCCGCGGUGCUUUGCGGCCCCGCCGCGCGGCUUCAGCGAGGCCUUAGCACCCACGCGGACGGAGUGCAAGGUCCCGGUAGCAGCCCCGACCCUGUGUCGAUUCCGGGGCAGACGCCUGCAACCCUAUUCUUGGAAAGCAUGUCGGUGCCGUUCCAGCGACACGCUGUGUCGAAAGAAGACAUGCGUGAAGGAGAAUCCGUCACACAGUCUUUCGCAAGACAAGUGGGGCUCAACGAUGAUUCAUCGAUGGUGAAAACCAUGGUGUUCGACAUCGACAAAGCUGCUUCGCAGCAACCUAUCUUUGUGCUUCAGCACGGGAACAAGAAGGUCGAUACCAAGCGGUUGGCUAUGGCUGCAGGUGUGAAGCGCGAUCACGUGAAACCAACGAAGCCUGAGCGUGCGACUUCUUUUACUGGCUAUGUCUUCGGAGGCACCACUGCUUUCGGAAGCAAAACGCAGCUGCAGAUCUACAUUGAGAGUUCGAUUUUCAGUUUGGAGACCGUGUAUGUCAAUGGCGGAAGCACGAGUUUGUGCCUUUCCAUGAGCGGUGCUAACUUCGAACAUGUUCUCGGUGAGUGCAUCAAGGUGGAGGUGGCGGGCAGCUAA